AAACGUUGCGCAACCGUCACCAUGGUCUGAUUCCAGAAUUUUCUCAUUCCGUAAAAAGCGCAUUAGCGGUCCCUCUCCGUCUCCACCCCCCAAGCCCCUGGCAGCCGCUCCUGUCUGUCCUGGCCAUCCGCAUAGAUGCAAUCUGCUGUCCGCAUCCUUUGUGGCUGGUUUCUUCCUCUGGUGUUUAUGCUGCGAAGGGCACUGCCGUGAGUGUUUGUGGGCUGGUCUGCGUGUGGACACGUGCUUUAUGUCUCGUGGGUGUAUGCCUAGGAGCGGAGUCGCCGGUCACAAGGGACCCAGACAUGGAGCUUCGGGAAGAGGCCUGGUCUCCGGGGCCGCUGGAUUCCGAGGACCAGCAGAUGGCCAGUCAUGAGAACCCAGUGGACAUCCUCAUCAUGGAUGAUGACGACGUCCCCAGCUGGCCCCCCACCAAGCUGUCCCCGCCCCAGUCGGCGCCCCCCGCCGGCCCCCCGCCCCGGCCGCGGCCCCCGGCCCCCUAUAUCUGCAACGAGUGCGGCAAGAGCUUCAGCCACUGGUCCAAGCUGACGAGGCACCAGCGCACGCACACGGGCGAGCGGCCCAACGCCUGCGCCGACUGCGGCAAGACCUUCUCGCAGAGCUCGCACCUGGUGCAGCACCGGCGCAUCCACACGGGCGAGAAGCCGUACGCCUGCUCCGAGUGCGGCAAGCGCUUCAGCUGGAGCUCCAACCUCAUGCAGCACCAGCGCAUCCACACGGGCGAGAAGCCCUACGCCUGCCCCGACUGCGGCCGUAGCUUCACGCAGAGCAAGAGCCUGGCCAAGCACCGGCGCUCGCACAGCGGCCUCAAGCCCUUCGUGUGCCCGCGCUGCGGCCGCGGCUUCAGCCAGCCCAAGAGCCUGGCGCGCCACCUGCGGCUGCACCCGGAGCUGUCGGGGCCCGGCGUGGCGGCCAAGGUGCUGGCGGCCAGCGUGCGCCGGGCCAAGGCGCCCGAAGAGGCGGCGGCGGCGGACGGCGAGAUCGCCAUCCCGGUGGGCGACGGCGAGGGCAUCAUCGUGGUGGGCGCGCCCGGCGAGGGGGCCGCGGCGGCCGCCGCCAUGGCGAGCGCGGGGGCCAAGGCGCCGGGGCCCCGCUCGCGGCGCGCCCCGGCCCCCAAGCCGUACGUGUGCGUGGAGUGCGGGAAGGGCUUCGGGCACGGGGCGGGGCUCCUGGCCCACCAGCGCGCCCAGCACGGGGACGGGCUCGGGGCGGCGGGGGGCGAGGAGCCCGCGCACAUCUGCGUGGAGUGCGGCGAGGGCUUCGUGCAGGGCGCGGCGCUGCGGAGACACAAGAAGGUGCACGCCGUGGGCGCGCCGUCCGUCUGCAGCCGCUGCGGACAGAGCUACUACCGGGCGGGCGGGGACGACGACGACGACGACCACGAGGCGGCGGGGGGGCGCUGCAGCGAGUGCCGCGGCGGGGAGGGCCGGUAGGGGCGGAAGCCCGGGGGGGGGGGGGCAGGGCCCCUCGGGCUUGGCGGGGACGACGGUCGGCGCAGGACCCGGAGGAGGCGGAGACAUGGACAGAGGCGGCGGGGGGCGGUGGCCUCCUCGUCUCGCUCCCCUGCACCGCCC